AUGGGCGUGAGACACAACCGUCACCUCAUUACAUGCAUCUGGUGCUUUGUGAUCGCUCUUUUGAAUACCGAGACUGGGUCAAACAUUUCGUUCGCGCCAGGAGUUCAGAAAAACAUCACGCUCCUCCAGCAGUUCCACAUCCGCAGACUGAAAGACAAAAUCCAGCGUGAAAUCAAUAAGCACCGCGGCGAUACGCCGACCGGAACUCAAAGCCCAGAACCACUUCCGGUCCCGCAACACUCCCGCCCAGCUCAGGUGACGAUAUUUGUCUUGUCCGAAGGACGAGGAAAGAACCUGUUGCAGUUUCCUCUGAGUCGACGGCGAAACGCGUCCGACAGCGAGAUAACAAGGGCAGAUUUAUGGAUACUCGUGUGGAAGAAGGAAAGAAAGCAGAAGAAGAAAAAGUUCCGGCAGUUACGGAAGCGACGGAAGGGGAAGUUAAUCCGAAUACGAAUUUAUAGUGUGAUGGAUAAAAUGUCAACUAAAGUGGCCGAGUUACGGACAAAAGUUCAAAAAACAAAAUGGUACAAAAUAAGUUUACCUAUUAGCUUACUUAAAAACUUGGAGUCGUCUCAAAAGCAACAAAUGGUAUUGCGGGUAGAGUGUAAAAGAUGUAACAGAAAAACUCAGAUUAUAUUUCCUCGCAGACCGAAGGCGAAAUGCCGCAAGAUUGGUAGAAAAAAGAAAGAUUUUAAGGGAAGGGUGAAGAAAAACAGUAAGGGGAAACAUCAUCGGCGAAGAGGGUGCGGCACCGCCCGCCUCUCCCCUCCCGCAAAACACUCGAAGCAUCGACCCUUCAUUGUAAUAGAGAAGGACUCGCGAAGGCUCCGGAGAUCUGCGCCGGUGAUGACGACAUGUGGCGCUUCCACCACUGAGGGUCUUCUGAGCAUGCUGCCCGGUCGGUCUCCAGCGAACUCGUGUUGUAGAGUGUCAUCGUACGUCGAAUUCAGUGAUAUGGACCUUGAUGACGACAUCGUGUCACCAGCUGGAUACACUGCUGCCACGUGCGUCGGCUCGUGCGCACGGCACACUGCCACUCGCAGCACCAGCACCACCAGCACCAGAAGAAGCAGACGACUUUCUGGUAGAAGCAGACGCAGAAGCAGAAGGAGAGGGAAAGGACACGGUGGACGAAACUCAAACCGAGGCAACAACAACAACAACAAUAACAACAACAACAACAACAACAGCUGCUCGGCGUCUGAGACAUCCGCGUUGGCUGUCUGGAUCUUUAACGAUAACCAUGACCUGGUGAGGGCCAAACUGCCAGGUCUGGUGGUUCGGACAUGCCGGUGCAGGUAGCCAAGAGUCCCGUCUGGUCUUGAAUUGGAGAACAACCACAUCACCGCAUACCUCAUGUCGGCGGCACGGUUACGGCACGGUUACGCCACGGUUACGCCAUGGUUACGACAGGCUUAGGCGAUCAUCACUUUGACUUUAAAAGGUUAGACUUGUCGUGAAUCGCGGCGGCGCAUUACAUUCCACGAUACCAGUAGAUUGAUGACAAAAUCCAGUCUAUUUGCUUUCAGUUCCUGGUGCAGAAUUCAGCGGUGGUACUUUACAGUAUUUGCUUUUUGCGUUUACAGGUCUUACUGUCGAAUUAUAUUGUGACUAUAGGUUACAGACCAUGUGUGUAAGU